AUGCCAAAUCCCACUGACUCAUCUUCAUCUUCCUCAUCCGUAUCGUCUACAUCUGAUACUUCAUCUUCCCUCCCUGAUAUCUCCAGUCUAUCAGUUUCAGGUUCGCCCAAUUCCGAAUCUCACAGCACUCAAAUCACUUCUGGAUGGAGGAUCUCACCACACAAGAUCAUUCUUGGUUCUUGUCCAUGUACGAGAACUCAUCAUCAAUUUCGAACAUCUUCCCAAUAUCUGAAAUAUAACCUAGAUCGUGUUGAUAAAUCCUGGAGUAAAUUAGUCCACCGUUCGAUCACUCCUGCUAUACUAGAUAGCGCUGAAAGGGUAUUUCGAAAUUUACGAGAAAGGGGUUAUGAGCUAUUUCACAUCGCUGCUCAAGAAUUACCUUCAAGCCAAGGGGGCAGCAGAAGAAGGGAAGUGAGUAUACUCAUUAUGACUCCAUAUUCGAAUAACAAGCAAGUUGGUCAUAGAUGCUUAGCUGAAAUUCUAGUACACUUGAGAAUAAGCAAAGGUAAUAAUCAUAUCAAUUGGAAAGAAGGAGAAGAAGUCGAAAAUGUAGCAUGUAGAUUUGAUGUAGAUUGGGAAGAUUGGACUUUAUCAAAUCCAUUUACAUAUCUUAAAAGAACCGAAGAAAUGAAACAAAAACAUAAACGAAUAAUGAUGAUACCUGAUAAAAGACAAGGUAAAUCAUGGGAUGAAAUCCUAGAUAGCCUUUUAAACGAAAUUAGUAAGUUGAACGAAGAAGAAGGUGGGAUUGUAUUUGACAAUAUCACCAAAAUCAAAGAUGAUAUAACUAGAACAACAAGUGAAGUGCGAUCCGAUAACAUAAGACCAUGUGGAUUCGAAUAUGAAUUGGUUUAUAGAGAGACAUCAAGAAAGACAAUGAGUCAAGCUAUUAAACUUGGGAUCAACAUCAUGGAUAAAAGUAACAGAUCAAAACGAUAUGGCAUAGGAGCUUUGAUGUUCUUGGAACUCAUCGAUAAGAAAGUGAAGCAUACAGUGACUGUAUAUGAUGGGGAUUGGCCGAUUGUUCACUCUUAUAGAACACACAUAUCACCACCUGGAUUAGAUGGAUUGGCCGAGUUGAUCGAAAAAUGA